UUGGGGCUGGGUGGUGACUGAGAUAGGAGUGGGCAUGUUCUUGAACACAGCUUCUCCCCGGAGGUCGUUCAGUAUCCCCAUUAACAUCAACCUGCAGGGUGCUCGCAGGCGGCAGACACGACACAGGGAGUUCAUCCACACAGUGGGAGCACAGGAGCAGGAGUGGAGCAGAGGUGUGGGUGGACGUGGGGGUCAGCGAGCUCGUACCUUGCUGGUGUCAAGUGUCGGGGAGGACAGAGCUAUCCUGCUGGGCUUCACCAUGAUGGCCUUCUCAGUGCUCAUGUUGUUUGUGGUCGGCAUCGCUAUAAUCAAACCUUAUGUUAACAGUAACUGGAAGGAGGCCAGCUGUGUGCUGCUGAAGACAGAAAUCCUGCAGGAGUGGGUGGACUGCAGGGGUGUGAGCACUGUGCCGUGCCUCGAUGUGACGGUUAACCUCACAGACUCCAAUAAGACGGCUUCUCUACACUUUGACGAGGAGUCGGUUCUUCUCGCUCCUGAGUGUUUCUACAUACCCAAAUGUCGGAUGGAUCGGACAGAACUUCAAGAUGAAGUCCAGAGAGUAAAAAAGAGCUUGGACGCUCACCUAGGGAGCAAAUCAUCAUGUUUUGUUGACCUCACAAGGCACCCAAAUGACGUCAUCCUGAGCAGGAAGUACACUUUGAGGAAGACCUUGUUUGCAUUGACGUGGCCUGGUUUGAUGCUGGGUGGCGGAGCUCUGCUGGUGGGCCUUGUGAAGCUGACACAGUACCUAGCUCAGCUGUCCCCUGAGAUGUGCAGUGAGACUGCAGGAAACAAGCUGACUUCAAGACACACCCAGGGCAACCUGUACAAACUUAUGCAGAGGUCCAGUGUGCAGUCUCCCUCAUGAGAUAACCAGUGUUACUGUUGCCAAGGACUGUAGCAACAAGCCAAAAAUACAGAUUGUUAUCAUGUAACUGGUACAUACUGUUAACUAGGGCCAGUAUGUAUAAAAGAAUAAAAUUUUGGUCUUAAGC